AUGGCUGAGUUCAAUGACGUCACACCUGAGCAGAUGAAAUACCUCGUAUGGAUAUGUGGACUUGUCGCCCCGCAAGAUGCCGAUGUUCGCGCUCGUGCCCUUCGCAAGAUGGAGGACAACCCUCGAACCACGCUAAAGGAGCUUGCUGCCGAAGUUCAGCACUUUCUCGACAUUCGUCAGGAUGCUACACUCCUCGAACGAUCAAGUGUACCGCACGUCAACGUCGUGGAUUCGCAAAAGAGUCGAAAUCGUGAGCCGCCGUCACCUUGUUUUCGGUGCGGAGCCAAUCACUGGUCCAGAGACUGCACAUUCGUGAACGAGAGAUGCCACGACUGCAGACGCUCUGGACACAAGCGAGGAUUCUGCAAAAAUUUCCCGGGGAAGAAGAUGCGGAAUGCGAAACAAAAGCGGAAAUCUGCCAACACCGUCACUAUAGCUUCGACUCGUGCUGACGUCGCUGUAAACCGCAUCUACCGUAGAGUACAGAUUGAUGGGAAGACAGUACGCAUGCGCCUUGAUACUGGAGCAGACGUAACAUUGCUGAGCACUGCAGACUGGACCGCCAUGGGUCGACCAAAGCUGCAAUCACCUCGUUUGACACUGAACUCUGCCAACAACGAACCGAUCAACAUUGGAUCGCCCAACACUGUUCCGUCGCUUGACAGAAGGCUCCAUCUGCAACAUCUCAAGACGCUCAGCACCUUGAAUUCUUCUCUCACAACGCACCUGAGGAAGAAUUUCCCAGCAGUCUUCGCUCCUGGACUGGGAUGUUGUACAAAGUCAAAGGCUAAACUCGCCCCGAAGCCUGACUCCAAGCCUGUCUUUCUGAAGUAUCGCCCGGUGCCCUAUAUUGCUAGGCUGAGGAUUUCAACCGAAAUCGAUCGACUUUUGUCUAUACAUGUGCUGGAGCCCGUUGAUCACUCAGAAUGGGCAGCACCCAUCGUCGUCGUUCAGGAGAAAAAUGGAUCGAUCCGCCUCUGCGCAGACUACUCAACCGGACUGAACGAUGCACUGGAACAAAACCACUAUCCGCUCCCAACUCCAGAGGACACUUUCACGAAACUCAACGGAGGACGCUACUUUUCACAGCUCGACUUAGCCGAAGCAUAUCUCCAACUGGAAGUGGCCGACGUCUCAAAGCAGCUACUCACUAUCAACACGCACCGUGGACUGUAUCGCUUCAACCGACUACCAUCUGAAGUGAAACCAGCUCCUUGUAUAUUCCAACAAUGUAUGGAUGCUCUUAUCGCUGGAUUAGAUGGAACUGCCGCCUAUCUCGACGACAUACUGGUUACUGGUAGAACCAUCGGCGAACACAAUGCCCGACUAGAAGUCGUACUCAAAAGGAUUCAAGACUACGGAUUCCGCGUUCGACUCGACAAAUGUGCUUUCCUGCAGACAGAGAUCACUUACUUUGGGUUCGUCAUCAACGCACAAGGACGACGCCCCGAUCCUGGAAACAUCAAAGCUAUCCAGAAGAUGCCCGCUCCGAAGGACAUCAGUCAACUUCGCUCUUUUCUGAGACUCAUCAAUUUCUACUGA